AUGGCGACCUCGGAACAGGGCCUCGUUAUGAUCGUGGUGGGGGCGAUAUUGAUGGCUCUCAACACCUUCUUCGUCGGUCUACGUCUGUAUACUCGCGUCUUCAUCACGAAAGCUGUUCGACCGAAUGACUAUCUUCUCCUCACUGCCCUGGCCGCGUUUGCAGCACUUUACGCUCUUCUGGUUCUAGGUGUCCAGGGCGGCAUCGGCGGUAGCUUAUCCCAAGCAACACUCCCCGGAAUCGCCCAAUCUCUAAAAGUACUCUUCUUCCUGGAAAUCAUCUACGUAGUGCUCACCUCUGCGAUGAAAGGGAGCAUUGCCCUGACUUUUAUUCGACUAUCGCGCUCGAGGAUCCUAACUUCUCUGUUUUGGGUCUCAAUUGGUUUGGAUGUGGCAAUCAGCCUUGCCUUCAUUAUCUACUUGCUCGUGCAGUGCCAGCCGAUUGAUUUCGCAUGGAGGUUGCUGGACGCGGGAGCGCAGGGACAUUGCCUGCCACUUUCGGGUCAGCUUUACAUGGGAUACGCAUUGUCUAUUGUGACGGCGACCCUGGAUGGUCUUUUAAUGGUCUCACCGUGGAUCAUGAUGAGAGGCCGAGGGCUGAACUCGAGACUGAAGAUUUACAUUUACGGGAUCUUCGGCUUGGGGAUACUCGCGACGAUUGCGAAUAUCAUCCGUCUUGUGGCACUGGUCAAACUCAAGGGAUCGAAGGAUAUGCUCCUUGACGCAGCCCCCGUAUUCAACUGGUCUGCAAUUGAGGUCAGCAUCGGUAUCAUUAUUGCUGGGCUUAUCGAGCUUGGCCCGCUUGCAGCCAAGUACAAUAUCAAGGGCUUCGAGUCCUACGCUGGCGACGACACUAUACUUCUGACGAAGCCAACAACUCAUGAAUUAAGGGUAGAUGAUUACGAAAUGGAGACACGGAAGAUGUGA